UUCUGAGGGAAGCAAUGAGACUGAAACUUCUGCGCCUUCAGGCUGGAUCUUUCCACUCUUUAACAACCAUAUGCCGACACCAAACCUUUAAUAGAACUGGACCUCCACUACCAAAGCUGCAUAAUGAACUUGACAGGACAGCAAGGAAGAUUGGGAAUUUGUUUGCUCUGAAAACUGCUUCUUCUUGUUUGACAAGUCAAUGUGUGCAAGUGAAGAAUUGGCAAUUGAUCCAAGGAAAUGUACCAGCUUUGGGAAAAAAUGUUCAUUAUCAGAGCAGGGAGAUGUUUUUUCCACCCUGGAAACAUUUUGGUAUGGCAGCAAUGGGAAACUACAAGCUCAAUACGGAGCAUAUUAAAAGGCUUUGGAACAUGUCACCAAGAUUUCACUCCAUUGUAGCAGCUUCUAAAAUGAUUCCAAAACAGAGUAACCAGCCAGUUAAGAGGCCACCAAAGGCACCAAGGACCAAGCAGCCAUCCAGAGCUAACCAGCCACUACCAUCAGAAAUGGAGAAUCUGAUGCAGUGCACAGCCUUUGCAACAGCAGAUGAGUAUCAUCUUGGUAAUCUGUGUCAUGACCUGACUUCACAUGGAUAUGUUGAAAUAACAAGUUUGCCUAGAGAUGCUGCAAAUGUUUUGGUGAUUGGUACUGAGAAAUCUGCAAAAGAUGAUGAUGCUGGCAUGAUUUUUUUCUUCAGGGAAGGGGCUGUUGUGUUUUGGAAUGUGGAAGAGAAAAGUAUGAAGAAUAUAAUGCGAGUGCUAGAACAGCAUGAAAUUCAGCCAUAUGAAGUUGCACUCGUCCAUUGGGAGAAUGAAGAGAUGAACUAUAGAAUAGGAGAAGGGCAGUCAAAACUUCAUAAGGGAGAAAUCUUGUUAAAUUCUGAGCUGGAUAUCGAUGAAGUUGUUCUGCAGAAAUUUGCCUUUUCGAAUGCCCUUUGUCUUUCUGUAAAACUGGCUAUCUGGGAAUCAUUAUUGGACAAUUUUGUAGAGUCAAUCCAGUCAAUUCCUGAGAUACUAAAAUCAGGAAGAAAGGUGAAACUGUCUCAUGCAGAUGUCAUGCAGAAAAUUGGAGAACUCUUUGCAUUAAGACACCGCAUAAAUCUGAGUUCCGACCUGCUGAUAACACCUGACUUCUACUGGGACAGAGAAAAACUGGAAGAGCUUUAUGACAAAACUUGCCAGUUUCUCAACAUUAAUCGCAGAGUCAAGGUAAUGAAUGAAAAGCUUCAACACUGCAUGGAGUUGACAGACCUAAUGAGAAAUCACCUGAAUGAGAAACACGCUCUGCGCCUUGAGUGGAUGAUAGUAAUACUCAUCACCAUAGAGGUUUUGUUUGAACUUGCAAGGGUAGUUUUCUGACCACAGAAGAAACUCUGGACAAAAACUGACAAAGCAAUAAAGACCAUGUGGCCAAGAAAAUGCUUCUGGAAAAUAGUGGAAUUGUCUCUCUUGAUAAAUAUGUACAUAUUCUGCUGAAAUAAAAAACAAAUCUGUGAACAUUC